AAAAUUCAACUUUGUAUCUUCUCGAGCAUUACUAUAUAAGUAAAUACUAAAUCCACAAAACACUCACAGCAAAUUUAAUUAUCCGAUAAAGAGAGAGAGAACAAAAAGUGUUAACUUAAACUAUAAUGAUGAGUAACGGUGCUGUAGGUACGAUUGUCUUCUUCAUGUUGAUCGGUUUGGUUCUUGUUGAGACUCGUCCCAUUGGUGGUCUAACAAAGACUGAAGAGAAGAAACUCGUGGCUGGUUUUUUCGAUGGCUUAUCACUUGGUUCGAUCAAAGACUCAGGUCCCAGUCCAGGGAAGGGUCAUAAUUUCGUGGACGAAAUUGAUACGUCCCGAUUUGAAAAGCACUCCGGUCCAAGCCCAAGAGGACCGGGUCACUAAUAUUAAUUAUUUCAUUUUUGUUAGUCAAUAACAAAAGUUGAAUGGCUCAUUUUAUCUAUCAGUGGGAUUAUCAUUUUGUUAAUUAUUUAAUUAUAUAGUUGAUGAUGUACAAUGUGAUGGAUAACUUCGA